UUUCUGUAUCCAUCACAUGACGCCUAUCGCGCAUGCAAGCGGAAGAGGCCAAGUGACGAGGUGGGCUCUGAUUUGAAGAAGCGACUCCCACCCUCGACGGGCCUCGGCAUCGGCGAGUCGAGCCCCGUCUGUGAGGCGUCGCCAGGGUCCUGGCUUCGAGUCCCGCCGUCAGAGACCGAGCCUCCCCUUCCGGUUGACGGUUGUUGGACCGACGGGUGGGCAGUCGUGUCAGCCCAGCAACAAUCGAAUCAUCCGUCGCAUCAACGUCGCGUCAACGUCGCGCCCACUCGUCGGGCCGCCAAGUGUCGAGGGGAAAGUGGGUGA